AUGGAGAAAAACAUGGAUAAUACCAACAUGCAAAAGGAUCUGGAGAAAGACAUGGAUCUAGAGAAGCCACACGAUCCCUUCGCUGGAGAAGAUGUUGGUGGGGUGCGGUACAGGACAAUGAAGUGGUGUGAUGAUUGCCCAGUCCGUCUCCUUAGGAGUUCUCUCCCUCCCGUCGUCGAUGGCAGUCUUGGGUCUGGUCCCGUACGUCUGAUGGAGCUUCUCCAAACGUUCUUCUGGCCUCGUGCUAAUCCUGACAGGGGUUGUAUCAUCAUCAUUGGCCUCGGAGCGUUGACAACUUACACUGGAUAUGUUGUCGGCCAAUUCAAAUUGCGAUACCCCCAAGUCCAUAACAUGGCAGACGCUGCAGAGAUCUUGUUUGGUCCGUGGGGUCGCGAGAUCGUUAAUGUUGCCCAGGUCAUCUGUUUUAUUUUCUUGAUGGGCGCUCAUGUCUUGACAUUCUCCAUCAUGAUGAACACGCUUACCGACCAUGGUGCUUGUACCAUUAUUUUCUGCCUGGUGGGAACCGUCCUCUGUUUCGUUCUGACGCUCUCAAGACGGCUGGAGGAAGUGUCAUAUCUAGGAAUUAUCUCCUCGCUCUCGAUCUUCACUGCCGUAAUGAUCACCAUGAUCGCUGUUGGCAUUGAAGCACCGGACCCCCGAGCAUACGCUAUCACCCACCCAACUCUGAUGAACGGCUUCUCCGCCACUCUGAACAUCGUCCUUGCUUAUUCCGGCCAUAUGUCAUUCUUCAGCUUCCAGUCGGAGCUGGCAAAUCCAAAUGACUACCCCAAAGCGCUGAUCGCCUUCCAAGCAACGGACACAACCCUGUAUCUUGUCACGGCCCUGGUAAUCUACCGCUACGCUGGGCCGAACGUCCUCAGCCCCGCCCUGCUGAGCGCCAGUGAACUCAUUUCGAAAAUCUCCUUUGGCAUCUCCAUCGGUACGAUCGUCAUUGCCGGAGUGGUCAUUUGCCACGUCGGUGCAAAGUGCAUUUACGUGCGGAUCUUCCGCGGCACCCAUAUGAUGAGCGAAAGGUCUUUCCGUUCGUAUGGCACUUGGGUGUUGAUCACUUUCCUCAUGUGGGUUACCGCGUGGUUGAUCGCAAACGCGAUCCCCGUGUUCAACGAUCUGCUCAAUAUGAUCGCGGCGGCAUUCUGCAGCUGGUUUUCGUUCGGUCUGGAGGGUCUCUUUUGGUUGAAGAUGAACCGUGGACAGUACCUGGCAAGUAAGCGGAAGAUGGCUCUAACUGCACUCAACGUCUUUCUUGUUGCCCUGUGCUGCCUGAUUUGUGGGAUGGGUCUUUGGGCUACAGGAACGAGUAUUCGGAUCAAUUCGCGGAGUGCACACCCAUCUUUCUCCUGUGCAUCCAACGCCUAG